AUGAUGGCGUGCCCUUCGUCCAAAACUAGCCUAGUGCAGGCCAACCUCCACCACAGCGUAACUGCGUCGGCUCAAUUACGCAAGUGGUUGGAGGUUCAAAGGACUGCCAUAGCCUUAAUCCAGGAGCCGUGGGUUGGGGCUGGUAAAAUUAAAGGCCUAAACAACCUAAAAGGUAAGUUAUUCUACAGCUCUGAACACGACAAGCCUAGAGCGUGUAUUUACACUACUAAAGAUAUCUGUGCACAACCUUUAACAGAUUUCUGUUCUAGAGACAUGUAUGCCGUAGCAAUACAGUACACACAGGAGAGUAGAUUAGUCGUCGCCUCGGUCUACAUGCCGGAGGAAGACACUCCUCCCCCUCAUGACCUCAGCAGGCUGGUGAACUUCUGCGAGAGGACCGGACUAGAGGUUGUGAUCGGGACGGACUCCAACGCACAUCAUCCCCUUUGGGGAAUGGAAAAACCAAAUGAACGAGAAAUCACUCCACCAAGACAUGCCGAGGUAAAACAACCGUGGUGGGGUAAAGAACUCGAUAGAAAACGUAAGAAGGUAAGAAAAGCUCUAAAUAGGGCCAUGAAUACCUCAAUGGAUGAAGACUGGCUAUUAUAUAAGAAAGCUAAGUCUGAAUACAAAAAAUGUAUCAGGUAUCGACGCUCGAUUGGGUGGCGUAAAUUCUGUGGCUACAUAGAAACCUGCAAACAAGCAAAUAGGAUUAGGAAUAUUCUAGCUAAACAGAACACGUCGGGAUCCAUGUCUCUAAAGAAACCCGACGGUAGCUACUCAACAUCGCCGGAUGAAGCCCAACGCAUCCUAAUUGAAACGCACUUCCCAGGUUGCUGCGUAACCCAGGAGGCAAACCGGCAUGACGACAUACUGACAUCAACAGCAGAAGACUGGAAUUUAGCACAGAGAGUGGUAACGAUGGACAAAAUCCAUUGGGCCAUUCACAGUUUCCUCCCCUAUAAGGCGGCAGGACCCGACGGCAUAUUCCCGGCACUCCUACAGUGGGGGGGUAAAGCCCUAAUAGUCAGACUUGCUGCCAUAAUGCGAGCCUGUCUUGCUCUUAAAUAUGUUCCUAGGGGAUGGAGGGAAGUGAAAGUUACAUUCAUACCCAAACCAGGUAAGAGCGACUACACUGACCCUAAAUCCUACAGGCCCAUUAGCCUCACAUCCUUUCUCCUAAAGACGAUGGAGAGGAUGUGUGAAAGGGAAUUAAGGGGGUCGGCGCUAAUGAACUUACCACUACACGACAAGCAACACGCCUACAGUCUAGGCAAAUCAACAGAAUCGGCCCUUCAUAAGGUAAUUACAAAGAUUGAAGAGGCCAUCCAAAACAAAGAAAUAUGUCUAGGUUCUUUCAUAGAUAUAGAAGGUGCUUUUGACCGAACGAACUUCUCCAGCAUAAAAGGUGCACUCGGUAGACACAAAGUUGAACCGGCACUGAUCGACUAG